AUGAUCGACCCUGCACACCGUCUGCGGUCUACGUUGGAUGGUCCCCCUCGGGCGACUACACCCGAUGCCACUCCUCCCCGCGCUGGAGAUCUUCCCGAGGGCUUAAGAGGGUGGGAAACCGAUCGCGGCAUUCAACGGUUCGUUUUUGGCAUGCUGGAUUUGCAAUGCGACAAGGGUGUGCUGGAUCGCAUGGGCACAACCAAUGUCGCAGGUGUGCGACAGCCCUGUUGCUCGGCUGCAGAACAGAAAGAGGCGCACACUAAGAACCAAACCCAGUUGUAA